AUGGAGAAGAAGGAAUUAAGGCUUCUCAGUGCUGAAGACUUUGUCGGCUUCGAUAUUCCGACGAACCCUUUUGAGAUGCUUCUAGCGGUGGCCAGACUCGCGUCCGUCGUCCGCGAGAAGUCCCUCAAGCGACCUGCUCCCUUUCCUUGCUGUGUCAGUGAUCCCAGUAUUGCUUCCUCAUCCCACCAGACGCAGAGCAGUUGUAGACUCGAAACAGAGCAAGGCUGGAAAAAGAAACAGAGGCGGCAUCAAGAACAGGGUGAACCCAGCAACCGGACUGCCCUGCGUCAAAUUAACCCUUCGUCUGUGCAUUCAAAUGCGAUUGGGAUGCCGUAUUAUUUGAGAAAUUACAUAUCAAGAAUCAGCGGCACCGACAUGGUUCUGGUCAUUCGGAAGAGGCUUUCCGAGACGGACGUUAAUCCCAAUCACAACCGCCUCUCCAUACCCUUCCGGCAGGCGAGGGCGGAGUUCCUGACGGCACAAGAGAAGCAGAGUCUCUUCGAACGCUCCCACGACGGGAAGAAAUUGAAGGGGAUGGAGGUGCCGAUGAUUGUUCACCCGGUGCUGGGUGAGUUUGUGUCUGUGAAUUUGAAGAGGUGGGAUAUGAAGAAGGGGAAUGGGAAGACAAGCUCCUCCUACGUGCUGGUCUCCGCCUGGAAUAAGGUUGUCACGGAUCACAUGCUUCGGAGAGAUGACGAAAUUCAGCUUUGGUCUUUUCGCCGCAAUCGGCAACUCUGCUUUGCUUUGUUUAGGUUUUGA